AGCUGCCCUACCGAGAACCAAGGGAAAAAGGAAGGUGCUUUUACCUUCUUCUGCGAAGCCCGCGCCGAUCGUCUUCGAGGUUGCAGAGAGCAAUGGAGUCGCCUGGGCAAUGGCUGGAGAAGGCGCUGCUGGAUCUCUGCGACCGAGCAGACUCGGGUCUGGACUUGGACAGGGACGUGAUCUCGGGUCUCGUCUCCUACUGCGACCUCGCCCAGCCCUCCGACGCCAAGGAGUACCUCGACAACAUUAUCGGGCAAGAAGUGGGGAAAGGCGUGAUCGAUGAAUAUCUGCGGCAAAGAGGCCAUUCAAAUCUCGGCAGCGGCAGCAGCAGGGUUUCUGAUGUUUCGUCCUCGAAAUUACAUGCCUAUGUCAAGCCGCCCUCAGCUGAAGUUUCCACUUCCGGUACCAAGAAACCACCUAGAGCAUCUAAAGAGGCUGCUGGCUCGAGUAGUCAAGAAAAGUCGGCAGUGACCAGAACCAAUGAGUCGAAACCUGCGAAUCAAAGUAAUUCUCGGAAAAAGAAAUCUGGGAAGGUCGUGUCGCUAGCUGAGGCAGCCAAAGGUUCCGUUGUGUUCCAGCAGGGUAAACCCUGUUCGUGCCAAGCCCGCAGGCACAGGUUGGUGAGCAAUUGCUUAUCCUGUGGCAAGAUUGUUUGCGAGCAGGAGGGAGAGGGGCCGUGUAACUUCGGUGCACUUGUUUUGAAGGAAGGAAUCCAGUAUGCCGGUCUCGACCAAACUGCACCGGUCCUCACAGAGGCUGAAGCUGCAGCAGAAGCUUAUGCCAAGAGACUUGUGGAUUACGAUCGGAACUCUGCGGCGCGUACAACGGUUAUUGAUGACCAAAGUGACUAUUACGAAAUUGAGGGCAACAGCUGGUUAUCAAAGGAGGAGAAGGAGCUCUUGAUAAAGAAGAAAGAGGAGAUCGAGGAAGCUGAGCGGGCCAAACGAAGCAAAGUGGUCAUGACCUUUGACUUGGUUGGUCGCAAGGUCCUCUUCAAUGAAGAUGAAGUUUCAGAAAUGGAAUCACGGAGCAGCAUAUUAAAGCCUCCGGACAAGAGGGAAGUGAACAGAAUAAAACCAAACCCAACCCUUAGGGUUCAACCAAUUUUUAUAGAUCCAGGCCUGAAGAAGAAGCCGGAUAAGGGUAAAGUGCCGAACAAGAGUCUCAAGAGCGGAUUAUGCUUGGAAAUCACCGGGAGGGUGCAACACGAGAGAAACGAGUUGAAACACUUCAUUGUUGAUGACCAUCUGGAAAUAACCUCAAAUGGAAAGUCUUGGCACGGGCCAUCAGUGAGUCGGGGAGUGCAUAUAGAAGAUGGAGCCGAAUGUUAUCUAGAAUGUAACUAGCAUGGAGCAUCAAGAUAAUAGGGGUCUGCUAGUACUUGUAUCUUUGGUAAGACAACCUUAAAGCUCGUCGUUCUUAUACGACGGCAUCUACCAUUUUGUAGAUACCGCAGAUCA